AUGUCCUCCUGGAUAAAACAAGAAUUGUACGGUGGGGCCAUCACCACAGUGAUCCCAAAGACUUUCCUCGAUGCAUCGAUGCUCAGGCAGGUGCCCGACACUCAGGAAGUGUUUGUCAACAGCAGACGGACAGACGAACCUACCAGCGACAAUCUCGGUUUCAAUGAAAGUAUAAUUGUCGAUCUUCUCCAGCGUGUGGACGAAACAGACGACCGCAAGGCUCUAGAAGUGCAUCUUGAAGAAGUGACAUCGCUAGACGAGUCGAGUGGACAUACGAUUGUGACGUACAACCAGCAAGAUAACUGGCAAUCGUGCGUUGCUGUUGAGACUGCGUACAAGUGGGGCAAGGAGUCCCUCAAGGAGACCGUUGUGUUGUGUUUGGGGCUUCUCAGGUUGGCGGAGUUUGAGACAGAUGUGCUCAUCUCGGUGCUAGUGCCCAUUUCGUCGGACGACGAAGCCGAACACAGUGCGAUGGAGCAUGCGGCCACGACGAAAUCGAGCGAGGCUCUUCCGCCCCGCGUUGUUGCGGCCUAUGGGCUUCUCCAGGACAUGAUGAAGGCAUUCAAGGUUGAGGACCCUUCGCUCUUUGCGUAG